CUGUCCAUAGAUGAGAUCAAAGCUCAAAUCAGUGAGUUCUUUUUUGGAGUAGAUGGUCCUGCGGCAGGAGCAGAAUGGGCACUGGCAGAAAUGAUUAAUCAACCUGAGAUUCUCCAAAAGGCCAUCGAGGAAAUAGACAGGGUUGUAGGGAAAGAUAGAUGGAUUCAAGAAUCAGAUGUUCACCAGUUAAAUUAUUUGAAGGCAUGUGCAAGAGAAGCUUUUAGGCUCCAUCCUCAUGUUCCGUUUAAUUUGCCGCACCUCUCAUUAGAAGACAUCGAAGUGGGUGGCUAUUUCAUUCCGAAAGGCAGCCAUGUCUUGUUGAGCCGCACCGGACUGGGUCGUAACCCUGAGACCUGGGAAGAACCCUUGAAAUACAAUCCAGAGCGCCAUUUGGGUGGAAAUGUUAGUAAAGUAGAUUUGUCAGAACCCAACUUGAGGUUCAUAAGUUUUUCUACUGGAAAGCGUUCGUGUACAGGCCAGACUCUUGGUACACUUUUGACUAUAAUGGCAUUGGGAAGGUUGAUUCAAGGGUUCACAUGGAGCGUACCACCCAAUGAGGAGAAGAUUGAUCUCUCUACGUCAGAAGAACUGACUCUAGCUAAACCUUUGCAUGCACAUGCGAGGCCUCGCUUGGAUGAGGCGAUGUACCCUGUGGCACCACCUUGA